AUGACUGUCACCGAGAGAUCGGUACCAUCACUGUCGGACUGCUGCUUCGACACGGUGCUGGAACCGGUCUCGGAGUCGUCGUCACCUCGGAAUAGCGAUGAUAAGGACCAUGCUGACGAUGGGGCUGCGACUAUUGCCAGCGUGGAAACCACGGCAAGAACGAGCUUGGAGCUGCGUCGUGCCGCGGACGGCACGGAAGUCAAGACGUACACGACCGGCAACAAGGUGACGGUCUACACCGUCGCGAACGAGUUCUUCACUGCGGUUGUUAAGGACUUUAGAGCGACGAAGGAGGGCGACCGCGUCAUGUACACAGGUUGGGACACGUGCGUCAUCCCGUUCGAGGCCGACAUCGACCCUAAGGGCACCAAGACAGGCUUCGACGUCAUGUUCAAGGGCAUCGUGGAGCGCGGCGGCAGCGUCAACCUCUUGUCGUGGUCCAACUUCCUGCUGACGUCGCAGAACACGAACGCGCGCGACGUCAUCAAUUCGAUUCCUCCAUCGAAGAUCAACGGAGCCAAGGCUGUGUAUCUCUUCGACGACCGCGUUCCGCUCGUGGCCUCGUCGCAACACCAGAAGACGAUCGUUAUUGCCGCCAACAAGUCCACGAGCAAGGACGAACACCCGAUCGCCUACGUCGGCGGCAUCGACCUCACCAACGACCGAUGGGACACGAUCUACCACAACAACACCGCCAUCCGCAAGGCGGCCAACAUCCCGUACCGCAACAAUGGCUGGGUGGACGCUCACUUCCGGAUCCACGGACCGGCCGCGAAAGAAGUGGCCAACAACUUCCUCCAGCGAUGGAACUCCGACUACAAGCCGUGCCAGGGGCUGGGAGACAAUCUCCUGGACUUUGACAACCCGGACUACGAGAAGCUGCCGCCCAUCGACUACGCGAGCAGCAACACCACGUCCAAGCUCGGCCACCAGAACAUCCAGAUCGUGCGGACGUUCAGCUGCAAGCACAGACACUACGAGGAGUUCGCACCACGAGGCGAGCAGUCUCUCUUCAAGGCCCGACUCAAAGCGCUUCGAAACGCCAAGAACUUCAUCUACAUCGAGGACCAGUACUUCAUCUACGUGCCCGAACUGCUGGACGCUCUCAUGGAGGUCUUGCCCCGGAUCCAGCGCCUCAUCGUGCUCGUGCAGCCGCCCGACACGCUGCUCAAGGCCUCAGGCUACGAGAAGUACCUGUACGAGAUGAUCGGCCCCAUGAAGGAGAAAUACCCCAACAAGGUACAGAUUUACACCACCAAGCCAGAAUUGGACAUCUACAUCCACACCAAGCUCGUGCUCAUCGACGACGUGUACGUGUCGCUGGGCUCGGCCAACUGGAACCGCCGCAGCGUGACGUCCGACUCGGAGCUCAACGCCAACGUCAUCGACGACGAGACGGUCGAGUCGCCUGACGGCGUCAUGGUGCUCAAGCUGUUCAUCGAUGCGGCGGACCAGUUCAAGAUUGCCGCCAAGGACGAGUCCACGAUCCUCACGGACUUCAGCGUCAAGCACCACGCGUACUACAUCACGUUCGUCGACGUAUUCCGGGAGCAGGUCGAUCCGCAGGAGGUUUGCACCUUCACGGAGGAAGGCUCCAAGAGAGAGAUUCAGUAG